AUGAAUGGCAGUAGUCUAGAAUCUCAUUUAGUAUACGAAUUGUUCGACCCUAAUGAUAAGUGUGUAACCAAGGUGAAUCAUGUGGAUGAAAACCGUGUUCUCUUUGGCAUUAUCUUCACAAUAAUUGCAGUAUUUUCUUUAGUGGUAAUACUUAUCGUCACCGUUACAGUCUAUUCUGUAAAUAGUACCAGGAAGAUUUUUGCAUACGAACUUCUGAACUUUCUGAACAUUACGCAGCUUAUCUAUUUGUUACCAACUUUUGUCGUUACGAUACCCUGUACUAUAACUAAGUGUCCGUAUUUCACUGAUCGUCUGACAAUAUGGCUUUCUUGGCCGGAUACGUUUGGUUUAUACGCUGGAGCUGCAAUCAACUGCCUAAUAGCUUUUGAACGUAUAUCAGUAUUUUUGUCACCUUCAAUACACAAAGUUUUAGUGAAGUAUGCAAUAAUUUGGUGCUCCAUUUCAUGGCUUAUUGGUGCUGCUAUUGUUGCCGUCUCAAACUCUAUUGGAUGCCACAAAUGGUAA